AUGUUCUGCCAGAGUUAUUUCAGUGUUUUCGUUUCAUGCAUGCUCCUCGUGAUCAUCCAGCCAGGUGGUGGGUCUGAGAUUAUUGGAGGGAAAGAAGUCGAGCCACACUCGUUGCCUUUCAUGGCCUAUGUGGAAAGCAAAAAAUCUUUCUGUGGAGGGACGUUAAUCCAUCCACAAUGGGUCCUGACAGCUGCCCACUGCAAAAAUAUGAGUACGGUGACCCUGGGAGCACACUCGAUCAAGAAAAAAGAAAAAGCUUCUAAGCAGGUCCAAAAGGUUGAUAAACGUUUUCCUCAUCCUGACUAUUACCAGGGAUCCAGGGAGAAUGACCUCAUGUUGCUCAAGUUGAAGAAACCAGUAAAGCAAACCAAGACAGUACAAUGUCUCCAGUUAGCCAAAGUUGUCAAGGACCCUCCAGCUGGAGGCAAGUGUCUGGUUGCUGGAUGGGGAAAAACUGAAAACAACAAAACAUCAGAUGUUCUCCUGUCUGUCAAUGUGACUGUGGUCAGUAGACAGACAUGCAACUCUCGUGAUUAUUACAACCGCAACCCAGUUAUCACCAGUGACAUGAUAUGUGCUGGUUCAAAUAGUGGAAAAAAGGCUGAUACCUGUCAAGGGGAUUCAGGAGGACCUAUCAUCUGCGAUGGAGUGCUGGUUGGCAUCACUUCUUUUGGAAGAGGUUGUGGUAUCAUUAAAAAACCUGGAGUCUACUCGUUUCUCUCAGAGAAACGCCUCAAGUGGAUCAAAAAAACAAUGCAAUCCUCAGAAAUGUUAUGA